AUGCCCAAAGCCAAGGACAAGAACAGCAGAAUCGUCGUCGUGGGCGCCGGCAUCUUCGGCCUAUCCAUCGCGCACCAGCUCGCCUCGGAGGGCUACAAGAAUGUCAUCGUCUUGGACAGACAUAUGCCGCCGGUCCCAAACGGCUCCUCAACCGACAUCUCACGGGUAAUCCGCUUCGACUACGCAGACCGGGACUACAUGGACAUCGCCUACGAGGCGUAUCAGAAAUGGAGCACACUGCCGCGGUACAAGGGUAUUUACUACAAUUCUCCAUACAUUCUAACCGGGAAUACAAGUUCGCACGGCCAGGCCUGGAUCAAGAAUACCAGUGCCGCGCUGCAGAGCCGCGGCAUGCCCUGGUCGCAGAUCGAGUCCGCGCAGGACGCGAAGGCGCGAUACCCCGUGCUUAGUGGGCCGCUGGGCGGGGAUCCGUUUCAUGGGUAUUUGAAUCUGCAGGCGGGCUGGGCGGAUGCGAGUAAGGCGACGGCGCAGUUGAGGGAUGAUUGCUUGGAGGCUGGGGUUUCGUUUAUCUGUGGGCCGGCGGGGACGGUUGUUGGUCUUGACUACGGCAGCACCAACAUUAACAAUAACAGUAACGGAUCUAAGAGUAUCAAAGCAGUCAAGACUCUCGCCGGCACAGCAGUGGAAGGAGACCACUUCGUCCUCUCAAUCGGGGCGUGGAUCUCGAAUCUGGUUCCGAUGUAUAACUCGGCGCUGGCGACUGCGCAGGUGCUUGGGUAUGUGCGGCUCACGCCGGCGGAGAUGGUCAAGUAUAAGGAUCUGCCGAUCUACUCGAAUGCGUCGACGGGGUGGUUCAAUUUCCCGCCACAUGAGGAGACGCAGAUGCUGAAGUUUGCGGUGCACGGGUGGGGGUAUACGAGGGCGCUGGAUGCGAAGGAGACCAGUAUCCUGGGGAAUAAGGCCUCGUCGUCGCCGCCGCUGAUCCCGCCGAGGGUGAGGACGGAUUAUGUCCCUGCUGAUGCGGAGAAGAGACUGCGUGCUGGGCUGCGCGAGAUGCUGCCUGAGCUUGGGGAUAGGGAGUUUGAGAAGGCGGCUGUGUGUUGGUAUACGGAUACGCCGACGGGCGACUUUAUUAUGGAUUCGCAUCCGGACUUCACUAAUAUCUUUAUUGCUGGUGGGGGUAGUGGACAUGCCUUCAAGUUCCUGCCCGUGCUGAGCAAGUAUCUCGGUCUCGCGUGGAAUAACCAGUUGACGCCGCAUCUGAAGAAUAAGUGGCGGUUCCGCACGGAGUAUGAGCAUCGUGAGGAUGCGUUCUGGGGAGAUGGCAGCCGUGGGGGGCCGGAGAGGAGGGAGCUGGACAGUGGCGAGAAGGCGAAGCUGUAG